AUGUCAGAGAAAGAUUACUUGUUAGAAGAAGUAACACCUAACAAGCCUUCUUUCACUCGUUUAUUAUCCAACCCCUUCCAAUGUUUACCAUCAUUCAAAUCUACUGAGUCAACUUACGAUUAUUCUGAUGAUGAUGUAUUUGAACCACUUCCUUAUACUUCAUCCAGCAAAUCCACAAUUCAGAGCCAUUUGACUAAUAAUGAUAAACUUUCCCAUUUAAGACACCAAAUGAGACAAAGAGGUAUUGCAGUAUACAUUAUUCCUAGUGAAGAUGAACAUCAAAGUGAAUAUACCGCUACUGCCGAUAAACGUAGAGAAUUCACAUCUGAAUUUACAGGUUCAGCCGGUAUUGCUAUAGUUACUUUAGAUGAUGAGUUUAAUGGGGAACAACGUUUAAGUACUGAUGGUAGAUACUUCUUACAAGCAGAGGAACAAUUACCUAAUACUUGGGGGCUUUUGAAACAAGGAAUGGCUGGAUAUCCUAAAUGGACUUCUUGGUGUAUUGAAAAGGCUACCACUUCUAAAUUCUCCAAAGUCAUUUCUGUAGAUUCCAGGUUGAUCAGUUUGGAUACUGGGGAAUUCUUUCAAAAGGCCAGUAAGAUCAAUGGAUUUGAAUUCAAACCACAAUUGGAAAACUUGGUCGAUGCUGUUUGGGAUAAUCGUCCUAUGAGAUCCUUAGACCUUAUCUACCAAUAUGAAAUGAAAUUUGCUGGAGAAUCUACAAAUGACAAACUCGUCAGAGUAAGAAAGGAAAUGGCCAAAUUAGGUGGAGAAUAUCUUGUCAUCACUGCCUUAGAUGAUAUAGCCUGGUUAUUAAAUUUGAGAGCUGAUACAGAUAUAGACUUUGCACCAGUAUUUUUCAGUUACGUAUUAAUAACUCCUGAUACUGUAAGAUUUUACGUUGACUAUCGGAAAUUGCAUUACCCAAGUAUCCAAUACUUACAAACCAUUGAAGGAUUGGAGAUCAAGAAAUACACUGACUUCUAUUCUGAUUUGGGUUUACUUAAAUGUACUGUUGAACAUCCUAUCGGUAAAAUAAUCUUACCCACCAAAUCUUCUGCCACCUAUGCUUUGUAUGAAGCUAUUCCUGAAUCCAUUGUUAAGCGAACUAUUAUUUUCCAUUCAAUUGUUUCUUACCUCAAAGUAUAUAAGAAUCCAACCGAAUUGUUCAACUACAAGAUAGCUCAGUAUAAGGAUUCAUUAGCUUUCAUUAUCUUUUCAGCAUGGUUAGAAGAUCAACUUUUGAAGGGGAAGAAAAUCAAUGAAUUUCAAGCUGCGUGUAAGAUUCAUGGAAUUAGAGGUAAAUUUCCAAAUUUUAAAGGAGAAUCUUAUGAAACCAUAUCAUCUACUGGGGCUAAUGGUGCCAUCAUUCAUUAUGCUCCAUCAGAAGAUCAAAAUCUGAUUAUUGAUCCUAAGAAAAUUUAUUUGAUAGAUAGUGGUGCACAAUAUCUUGAAGGUACCACCGAUAUUACAAGAACUUAUAUGUUUGGAGAUGCUAGUAAAGAAGAUAAGAAAUUCUAUACUUUAGUGUUGAAAGGACAUUUAGCCGUAUCAAUGGCCAAAUUCCCAGCUAACUCAUCAUUAUCUGGAGCCAUUUUAGAUUCUUAUUCUCGUCAACCUUUAUGGAAUGAAGGUUUAGAUUUCAAUCAUGGAUCUGGUCAUGGUGUAGGUGCUUUUGGACUUGUUCAUGAAUCACCCUUAUACUUCCUGACCACUGCUGGUGGUUCUUCUACUGAACCUUUAUUUAAACCUGGAGCUAUUAUUACUAUUGAACCGGGUUAUUAUGUUGCAGGAGAAAAAGGAUUCAGAGUUGAAAGUGAACUUGAAAUCAUUAAAACUGAUAGCAAAACCCGUAAUGGUGAAGAUUUCUUAGGUUUCGGAUAUUUAACCAAAGUACCUUUCUGUAGGAAAUUGAUUGAUAAAUCAUAUCUUGAUUCAACGGAAAUCAAUUGGAUCAAUGAAUUCUAUAAAUCCAUCCGUUCAGAUUUUGGUGAUAAGUUAUCAGAAAUGGAUAAGAGAGCUUAUGAUUGGUUAAUGAAAGAAACAAAACCUUUAUAA